UAUGGGGUUGUGCAUCACCGUCACCGGGAUGGGCAAGUACAUCCCUGCCCCUGAAUCCAGGAAACUGGGCUAAAUGGUUAAAGGGAAUGUAAAAAGCAAACCAAAAAUGGUGGCUUUGAGGUUUGCUUGGUGGAGGUGAAGGCGGCACGGAUGGAUGGGUGGCUGCAGCAUCAUUUGUGCUGGGAAGGGAGCCCGGUUGGAGAAGUGGUUCUGGACAGGAGGGGGAAUGGGGAACAGGGGGAUUUAGCAGUCAGUGUUUUUAAGGAGUCCCUUUGGGUAAGCUGGGAAGGGGUAACAUCCCUGAGAAGGCAGCUGAAAGGCUUUAAGGGCAGCACCCACCUUUAAAGCCCGGGUGGCUGAUUGCUGAGCAGCCUCCAUGCACAAUCCCAGCAAGGACUCCACUAAAACCUUCAAGUCAUCCAGGCAGCAUGGUCCUCCCUUUGCGUUUGACCUCAUGGACAAGGAACGAGGUUUGUCCGGAGGAACAUGGCUCUUCCCAAGCGGUUCCCACAAGGGUUCCUCUCCCACAGGCUGCCCUGGGAUCCGUGGCCAGAGGUAUACAAUGAAGAUCCACAGCAUCACGCAGCCCCGGGUGGGACAGCGGCUGCUGCUGCAGUGUGUGAGCACCAACAUGGGCAGUGGCGUAUUCUGGGUCCACCAGCACAAGGCUGGGACCUUCCGCUUCAUUGUCUUCAUCUCUUCCGUUUCCCGCACCACCUUUGGGGGGAAUAUGAGGACAUCCAAACACUUUGAGGCGGGGAAAGACAGCAGGUUCUACUGGUUGGUGGUGAAGUCUUUCAUGCCACAGGACCAGGGGAACUAUUUCUGCCUCAUGAACACCAACCAAGCCCUUUACUUCAGCCCUGGCCAGCCCGUCUUCCUCCCAGUCACCACCACAGUGGCACCCAAAACCCUACCAUCACCCACCACCCCAGCACCCAACAUCACCGAAAGGGACCUCUGCCCGAAGACCCUGGAUUCAGAGACCAGCGAGGAGAAAGGGCUGGAUUUGCUAUGUGACAUCUUCAUCUGGGUUCCCAUGACAGUCGCCUGCUUCCUGCUCCUGCUCGCCCUGGCAGUCACCGUCAUGCUGUGCCAACGUAAGAGCCACCCAGAACCCUCUGUAGACAUCCCUUUAGCCUGAAACUGCAGCCCUGGCCUUCGGGGCUGCAGGGAUCUUCCAACGAUCCCCUUUACAUAGGCACCAGAUAGCCAGGACAGGCAGCCCUUGAGAAGGACCGCUGCUAAAAUCACUGCACUGUACUCAUCAGUAGGCUGAGGCUGAGAAAUAAGCAUCAAUUUAUAACCAUAGAAUCAUAGAGACUGGAGCAACAGGACAAGGGGUGAUGGGUUUAAACUAAAACAAAGGAAGUUCAGGUUAGAUAUAAGGAAGAA